GAUUUAUGACUGUGGCCAAACUGACGGAGGAGGAAAAGAAGCUGUAUGAACCCAUUGACUUUGAUCCAGAGGAGUAUAAAAAAGAUGUUGGAGUGACAGCGUUAAUCCACAAUAAGAAGGAUGACAUAUUGAUGCAUCGCUGGAGGUACCCCUCUCUCUCCAUUCACGGAAUUGAGGGAGCUUUCAGUGAAUCCGGAGCUAAGACAGUCAUUCCUAGGAAGGUGAUCGGAAAGUUCUCCGUCCGGCUUGUUCCAGAUCAGCAUCCGGACGAGAUAGAGAAACUCGUCAAAGAACACAUACAGCAGAAGUUCAAAGAAAGGAAUAGUCCCAACAAAAUUAAAGUCUCAAUGGGUCAUGGAGGAAAGCCUUGGGUCAGUGACUUCAAUGAUCCAAACUACAUAGCCGGCAGAAAAGCAAUGAAAACAGUUUUUGGAGUGGAACCGGAUUUGACCAGAGAGGGAGGAAGUAUUCCAGUGACCUUGACCUUUCAGGAGGCGACUGGUAAGAACGUGAUGUUACUUCCGAUCGGAGCGUGUGAUGAUGGCGCUCACUCCCAGAACGAGAAGAUCGACAGGUCCAACUACAUUAACGGGACCAAGGUGUUGGGAGCCUAUAUGAUGGAGCUGGCCUCUCUCUAAACAGAAGAUGUCUUGCUGUGAUGAGCUGAGAAACAAACUUCUGUAGUGUGCCAUAAUCACAAAACUUAUAUAAAUACCAUAGACUUGUGAUCAGAGUGUAACAGGAAACAAAUGUCCACCAAUGUAACAUUUAAACUCAUACAAUUUUGAUGAUUUAUUGUGAUAUUGUACAAAAAGAUAAAUGAACUCUGUGAUUUUUUUUCCAAUAAAGCAUUUUAGUAUGGUG